UACACAUAUGAAUCGCUGGCCUGCUGUUUCGUUUCUCCCCAGCCGCCAGUUCUCCACAACAACCGUAUCCAUCUCCGGCGACUCCAGCUUCAGCUGCGGCGACGCUAGUUCCGGCUCCUAGACAUCGCUUUCACGUCCCCUGCUCCUUGUUCCGCUAAGUCUAGCUAGCCGUCAAAGGGAGGGGAUGGAGAAGGAGACGAAAGCAGACGAAGAACAAACGCAAGUCAUCAAUCCAUGGGAAGUGUCCGCUAAAGGCAAAAUCGAUUACGACAAACUCAUCGACCAAUUUGGUUGUCAAAGGCUCGACCAAUCCUUCGUUGAUCGAGUUCAUCGUCUCACCAAUCGCAUUCCUCAUAUUUUUCUCCGCCGCAACGUCUUUUUCGCUCACAGGGACUUGAAUGAGAUUUUGGAUGCUUAUGAACGCGGUGAGAAGUUCUAUCUCUACACAGGCAGAGGGCCUUCUUCUGAAGCUUUGCAUUUGGGGCAUCUUGUUCCUUUUAUGUUCACCAAAUAUUUGCAGGAGGCUUUCAAGGUUCCUCUAGUCAUUCAACUAACGGAUGAUGAAAAAUGCAUGUGGAAGAACCUUACAGUAGAAGAGAGCAAGAGACUUGCUCGUGAGAAUGCCAAAGAUAUAAUUGCUUGUGGAUUUGACGUCUCAAGGACCUUUAUCUUCUCUGACUUUGAUUAUGUUGGUGGUGCCUUUUAUGAGAACAUGGUUAAGGUUGCAAAAUGCGUCACAUACAAUAAGGUCGUUGGUAUAUUUGGUUUCACUGGUGAAGAUCAUAUUGGAAAGAUCAGUUUUCCGCCAGUCCAGGCUGUUCCAUCGUUCCCGAGUUCAUUUCCACACUUGUUUUCUGGCAAGGAUAAACUUCGCUGCUUGAUUCCUUGUGCAAUUGAUCAGGAUCCUUAUUUCAGGAUGACACGUGAUGUUGCUCCUCGGCUGGGUUACAAUAAGCCUGCAUUAAUUGAGUCACUAUUUUUUCCAGCCCUUCAGGGGCAAACAGGCAAAAUGUCAGCCAGUGAUGCGAAUUCUGCAAUAUACGUGACCGACUCUCAAAAGGCUAUUAAGGAGAAGGUAAACAGAUAUGCUUUCUCGGGAGGGCAAGAUUCUAUUGAAAAUCAUAGGAAGUAUGGAGCGAAUCUCGAGGUGGAUAUUCCUUUCAAAUAUCUUAGCUUCUUCUUGGAAGACGAUGAAGAACUUGAACAUAUUAGGAAGGAAUAUGGUUCGGGGCGUAUGCUUACAGGUGAAGUGAAAAAGAGAUUAAUUGAGGUUUUAACCGAAAUUGUGGAAAGACACCGCGCAGCAAGGGCAGCUGUGACCGAUGAGAUGGUUGAUGCAUUCAUGGCAGUCAGACCGCUACCAAAUAUGUUCGCGUGAAACUGCAGGUGGUUUAUCGAAAGUGUUUUUAAUACCAAUGCUUUACUCGAUCGGAGUGUACGGGGAGAAUCACCUCAUUUAUGUCCUUGUAGAAGACUUUUUCCGUCACAAGUGUAAUGUGUUGAUACAAAAAUGAUCUUCAAAACAAGCUUUUUUAGAAUGGCAAAUUUGAUAUGAACUUCAGUAUUUUUUGGUUUUUUGAUACAUUAUUAAUACGUGAUUAAAUAUUUAGGCAUUUCAUGAAA